GGAAUAAUCAAAUCCUAAAAUGUUUCGCCAUCUUUCUUCCCGUGUCUAUUUCCGCCUUAGCUAUUAGCGGCCCUUCAAGUUCCAUCAACAAUCUUCUUCAGCUUUCUCCACUUUCAGCCACAAAUACUCAUAUAUGCUUUAAUCGCUACUAUUUUCGAACUAAAUUCUUUCUUUUUAUCCAAAUCGGCUCUCUGUGUCUCGCGAAUUUCAGGACACACAAAUUUUUCUUUUGUUAAAAAUGCAGUCUUUACGUUUUUUGAGGAGAGACGAAUCACACGUCAUGUAAGAUUAUGAUUUGAGAUUAUAUAUAUCGAGCUUAUAUAUAAUAUGCUUUUCGCAGAUCCUUUGUACUCGAGCGCUACUAUAAAUAGGCAGUGAACAAAAAAUAUGGUUGUCUGAAUCCAAACAUUUUGGGCUUUGCCUCUCUCUCUCUCUCUCUCUCUUCAAUGGCUGCAUUGUCGAAAGCCCACGUCGAGUUGCAGAGCACAGAAGAAGAGUAUGAUGGGAUUGAUGAAACAUCAAAAUCAAGAAACUUGAGAGGCUCCAUUAAUCCUUCUUGGUAUUCUCCUCAAACAGGAAUCUAUUCAAGCAAAUACCCGUGUAUAAACCUGCCCUCUGAUCCCUUUCUUGAUGUUGUUUCAUUCAUUUUCUCACGUAAGCAUAAUGGGCUUCAUGCACUCGUUGAUUCUGCAUCUGGGCUUUCGGUUCCAUACUCAAAGCUCUCACCUUUGGUGAAAUCCAUGGCUGCUGGCCUUCACUACCAUUUUGGUGUGAAGCAAGGUGAUGUAAUCUUGAUCUUGCUCCCGAAUUCCGUUUGCUUCCCUUUGAUUUUUUUGGGUGCUUUGAGUCUUGGUGCAGUUGUGACCCCCAUGAAUCCUUUGAGUAAUAUGUUGGAGAUAAAAAAACAGGUUCUUGAUUGUAAUGUAACUUUGGCAUUUGCUGCCACUGGUAAAGUUGAUGAGUUGGUUAGUGCAUUAAGGGGGUGCCAUGUGGUGGGCGUGCCCGAGGCUCUAGGCAUGAAUUCUCUGUCUAGUGAUGGUUCUGUUUUUCAUAAGCUGAUUUCUAGUGAUCCUGCAAUGGCACCUAUGCCUAGAAUCGCGCAGCAGGACACUGCUGCGAUUUUGUACUCAUCAGGCACUACGGGUAGGUCUAAAGGGGUUAUGUUGAGUCAUGGGAACUUCAUAGCCAUGAUUGAGCUCUUUGUGAGAUUUGAAGCUUCUCUUUAUGAUUAUCCCAGCUCAGAGAAUGUAUACUUGGCUGUUGUCCCGAUGUUCCAUGUGUAUGGACUGUCUCUAUUCGUUUUGGGAUUGUUGUCAUUGGGGAGCACUGUUGUCACUAUGAAAAGAUUCGAUGCUGAUGAGAUGGUUAGAGCUAUUGAUAGAUAUGCUGUCACUCACCUUCACUCUGUGCCACCUAUACUGGUAGCAUUGACUAAGAGAGCUAAGAGAGGUGGUGGUGCAAGUUUUCGAAGCUUGAAACAGGUUUCCUGUGGAGCAGCCCCGUUGAGCAAGAAAAGCAUAACAGAACUGAUUGAGGCACUCCCCCAUGUUGAUUUCAUUCAGGGUUAUGGCAUGACAGAAUCAACUGCUUUGGCAACUCGUGGCUACAAUACCGUUGGAGCUCAUAAAUAUUUGUCUGUGGGAGUUCUGUCUCCCAAUGUUGAAGCUAAAGUGGUGGACUGGGUCUCGGGUGCUCACUUACCUCCAGGAUCAGUUGGUGAGCUUUGGUUGCGCACACCUGGGAAUAUGAAAGGCUACCUGAAUAAUAUUGAUGCAACCAUGGUUGCACUCGACAAAGAUGGCUGGCUACAUACAGGGGACAUCGUUUAUUUUGAUCAAGAAGGAUACUUGUAUGUGAUUGACCGCUUGAAAGAGGUCAUCAAGUACAAAGGCUUCCAGAUUGCUCCUGCUGAUUUAGAGGCGGUUUUGAUGUCACACUCGGAAGUACUUGAUGCGGCUGUGACAGGUUACAGGGACGAAGAAGCCGGGGAGAUCCCUGUGGCGUUUGUUGUUCGCAGAGAAGGGAGUUACCUCUCUGAGACAGCUCUGAUGAGCUACGUGGCGAAGCAGGUUGCACCUUAUAAGAAAGUGAGGAAGGUCUACUUUAGCUCGUCUAUACCACGAUCACCGGCCGGAAAAAUUCUCCGGCGAGAGCUCAGGAACUUGCUGGUUUCUAGACUUUAGGUCUAUGAAAAUAAUCUGAUUGAAGCAGAAGAUAAAUAUCAUUUUUUUUUUCAUGUGCAGAUUGGGAGUUUUCAUCAACAAGAUAUGUGCAUUGAUCUUCUCUUUUUUUGUCAUAGCAAUGAAGUUAAGAUCCCAUGUGAUGUAGUUAAAUCAACAAUUAGAUAUUUAUGCUGUGUUAUGAAAUUAUAUAGAAGCUAUUCAACUUUGACA